AUUAACUUUCAUUUCAUCAUCUUCUUCUUUCUCCUCAUCCUCAGCCUAAUCCUCGGCAUCAUCAUCUCACCAUUCUCUUCACCAUCCUUCUCAUCAUCUUCACCAUCCUCUUCCUCUUCAUCAUCUUGAUUCCUCAUGGAACCCGAUGCUGGGUUUUCCUCUUGUUCAUCUUGGUUCUUCGCGGAACCCAAAUCUAGUUCCUUGAGGAACCCAGAUCUGGGUUUCGUGAGGAACCUAGAUCUGGGUUUCGUCAAGGAACCCAGAUCUGGGUUUUGUGAAGAACCCAGUUCUGGGUUCCUCAAGGAACCCAGUUCUAGGUUUCGUGAAGAACCCAGUUCUGGGUUCUUGGUUUCCUCGAAGAACCUAGGUUAUGGGUUUCGUGAAGAACCCUUGACGAACCCAGAACCUAGCAUUUCUUCGAGUAAUUUCACAAUUUCACUUCAUUUCCAUAGCUCUGAGCACAAAAUUCAUAUUCUUGGUGAUUGGAGUGCUAGGAGCACUCGCUCCAACACUCUCCCUUUAGCAAUCGCUCUUCCAUUUAGCCACGUCUCUGAUGGAUUCGAGGCCUUAGCUGGGAACCGGCAACUGUUUGAACUUAUUUUCUCCUCUCCUUUCCGUAAACUAGAACUCCCCCUCUCCUCUUCUUCUCUACUAAGACUAGAACCAGAACCAGGCUUUCUCUCUCCUUUGUUUGUACCAAACUUUCUCUCCUCCUCCUCUUGCGCUAGAUCUGGCUGCAAAAUCACGCUAGGUUCAGCGAGGAACCCAGAUCUACAAGUAUUUUCACUCAUUUUGUGGGUAUUUUUGAGAGAGCCGAUAUGAGGAAAAAGGAAGAAAUUUGAGAACCCAAAUAUGGGUCUAUCUUUGUGUAAUUGUGCUCUCUCUUUUUUUCUCUUUAUCUGUUUUAUUUCUCAUUGGUUCUCAUUUUCUUCCUAUCGUUGGCCGCCAUCGGGCUUGGCUAUCUGGGCACGGGAUGUUUUCUGUGGCCGUUCGUCGAUGUUGGUAGAAGGGGGUGGGUUCCUUCUGUGCUAUGAAGAUUAUCAGGACAAAUUUGCAGUGAAAUUAAAUUUGUAGAGGAAUGUGUAGCACAAGUUUGCUGGGAAAAUUUUUCUUUGCAGAGGAAUGAUAAUAUAGAAUCCAAUGGGUCUUUCUCAAACUCACCCGCCUGCCGUCAUCCACCUUUCAUUUUUAACCACAACCCAAAGACUUUCUUCAGUCCUUCAUCUUUCUGCAAACCGUCAAUACAAACUGCAAACACUUUUUAAUUACUCUCCUUUUUUAUGAUUACUCCCACACAAAUUAGGAAAAUUUCAUAAUACUACUUCUCAUUUUGCUCCUCUACUGAUUCUCACCUACAAAAAAAGAAAAAAGAAAAACUCGUGCAAAAUCCAAGCUUGUUAUGAAGAUAUGGAUCAGAAGACUGAAAAUCUUGUGGGAGAAAGAGUGAAUGUUAAAGAGAGGAAAGUAUGAAAGGUAGAAUAGAAAGGGUGGUGUUGGAUUAAAGUCUAGGAUUUGCCUUCAAAUUAUCAGGGGAGCAAGAUGAAGACUGGUUUGGGAAGAGAAUAAUGGAGAAAGGGAUGGAGAUGGCUGCGAGGGGAAAGAGAAAUAUAUCGUCAAAUAUUAAUUUUUAAAUAAAUAGAAAUCGACUAC